GGGUCGACUGGGUCGCGGACGUCGCGGGGUCGCACUACGCCCGGCUGAGACAGUCCAGGGGUGAACGGCGUGCACAGGCAGUGUUCGGCCGUCUCGCGUGCCGCCGAGUGGUGACCCGCGGCGGAACCAUGGAGCGAUCGGUGGUGAUUACCCUGGAUAAUCAGCUGACCUCGGAGGCAUCACAACCACCUCGACUAGGCACCUCAAGAAAAAAGCCAGUGAUAAUCAUGCAUCAUCAGGCAGCUUCUAGCACCCGCCAGUCCUUCAUUGUGCUGGGAGGCAUCUUUGUCACAUCACUUCUAUGCCUAGCCUAUGUUUAUACAAUAUUUCCAGAAAUGACUGAAGAGGAAAAACAAGACUUUAAACUGCCAAGAGACAUUGAAGAUGCAAAGAGACUGGGGAAGGUUCUCAGCAUCUACAAGGAGCAAUAUUACUUUGAAGUUAUGACAGGAAUCUUCAUCACAUACAUAUUUCUGCAGACGUUCGCCAUCCCGGGCUCGAUUUUCCUGUCGAUCCUGACGGGUUUUCUGUUCCCGUUCUGGGCGGCGCUGGUGCUCGUCUGCUUCUGCUCGGCCACCGGCGCCUCCUUCUGCUACCUGCUCUCCUACAUGGCAGGAAGGAAGAUCGUGCACAAGUACUUUCCCGAGAAGGCCAAGGAAUGGGCGCUCAAGGUGGCGAAUCAGAAGGACAACCUGUUGAACUACAUCAUCUUCCUGCGGAUCACGCCGUUCCUGCCCAACUGGUUCAUCAACAUCACGUCUCCGGUGAUCGAGGUGCCGCUGACGCCCUUCUUCAUCGGAACGUUCAUAGGCGUGGCGCCGCCGUCGUUCGUGGCGAUUCAGGGCGGCACGACGCUGCAGCAGCUCACCUCCUCGUCCGACGCCGUCUCCUGGUCAUCCGUCGUCUGGCUGGCCGUGUUCGCCUGCCUCUCGCUGGUGCCCAUCCUCUUCAAACAGAAGCUGAAACAGCGGUUCGACUAGCAUUUGGCGCACUUCGGCCGCCGGCUGUUCCGACCGCCCGGUAAGUCGCAUCGGUCGGCGGUUGCGUCCCGCGUAGAGGACCAGUCAGGGUCGUCCGAAGGCGUCGGAGAGCAUUCGCGGUCGUCUGGGGGUCUGGUGAGCCAGCCGCGACUGUCUGUUGGUGCGAUCAGCCUAUCACGACAGUCGGCUGCUCCUCUCAGCCAAUCGCGGCCGACGUUAAGUGCCAUGGGCCAAUCACGUCCGCCGCUCGGGCUGAUGGGCCAAUCGCAGCCGUCGUUAGGUUUUAUGAACCAAUCGCGGCUGUCUAUUGGACCACGAGGCCAAACCUGGUCCUCAUUCGGUCUAGCGGAACGUGCCCGAGCUCUGACGGUCCGAUCGGGUCCCUCGAGAACCCUGAGUGACCCGCCGGACCAUUUGGCCCCGUCGGAGAUCCUCUCGGACGAGCCGGGUGCACGUGCUGGCUGGUGCGACAGCAACAACGGCGGCUCGCCGGAGCCAAAGUCGGGACGUUCGAGUUCAUUCGGCGGGGCGUCGAGCGCAGUCGGCGCUGUAGGACAUUCAUUAGGACAUGCGGAAAGGUGGUCACGUGAUGCACGACACCACCAGUGACAGUGUCGGUGUGGCAGCACGUUAUCGUGUUAUGCCAGAGGCUAUAUCCACUGCUGUGAGGGAGUGUGAGUGCUCCGAGAUUCGGCAUAAUUGAUGUGUGGGUCGUUUGGUGUUGUGUUCUACGAUAGGUUUUCCAAUGGACCCUAUUGUUAACGGCGUGUUCAUCGAGACAGGUGUUUUGUGCGAUAUUUACUCUUCAAUGUGUUGAUUGUGAUAGUUUGCGUGGGAUCUGCGAUAUUUUCGUUUAAAGGUACUUCUGACAGACAUUCCGUCUAUGCCAGCGCGAGUCACUGUGUUUGAACUUUGAUUUUUUAAUAGCGUAAAUUUGAUGGUUAAAGAUCACCAAUGAUCAUAAUGAUUUGCUGACCGCCUUGGAUUCAUAUUUCAUACACACUACCAAAUCAAUCAUUGUAUACUUUGGUACCUUUUUGUGUGCGGUGUACGUGCCUACGGAAGUGUGAGAAGGUGGUCUUCGUACCCUUAUUUAUCACAAGGUCCUGUAUUUUAUUAGUUAACACCCUUUGCAGCUGCACGCAUAUCGUAAUGUAUGCUAUAUCUAACUAUUAUCAGUCGUACGUGGUUAUUUAACGUCUUCCAUAGCCAUUCGUGUAUGGCUGGACCCAUGAUAAUGCAGGUUUUAUUGUUUCGAACAAAGACAAGUUACCGAGUAUCGGCAACCGUCUAUUGCUCAUCACCAUAGUGUGUUAAUUCUUUGCAGGCUUCACCGAUGCUAGACACUUUGAAAUGCCGUUGUUUUUUUCUGUGCUAGGCAAUCAGUGAUAAUCUAAAUUCGUUGCAAAUAUUACACGCCGAUGACUGCGAACAAUUGCUUGCCGCAUCAGCCACUUCUAGGCGGAUUUUUUGCCCCACUUUUGUUUUAAUCCUGCAUUUACCAUUAUCGAAAUGUGCGAACAUAUUAGCUUCCCAUGGUAAAAUUGAUGUAGCGUAAAAUUAAGCAUUAUUUGAUUCCCUUUCUCAAACCGGGUAAUAAUCGAGCCAUCGUACAGCAGUGUCCGGUGUGCUCAAAGGCCAGUAGUAAUGCCGGUGGUGAGUGGGGUGUCGCAUAUGUCCGGCUUACAACGUCGUCGGAAGUCGCCAUGCUCAGUUGGGCCACGCCCCUGCGUUAUUAUGCGCUGAAUGGUUGGUGUCACCAUUAUCAUGACAUGUAUUGGACGUGUGAUGCGUGUAUAACGCAUGUUCAUGAUGUCCUGGACUCCUGUGCAUGUGCCCAGUGGUCUUCCUGAUAAAGACUGGUUGUCCACUCGAGGCUCGCGAUCGUAAAACGCGAUACGGUCAUGUGUCUUGACUUUGCAGUUGGCGCGCUGUCCUGUGGACUCCAAAUAUCGCUCGCACCUCCAUGGCUCGUUCAGUGUCAUUGUUCGCCGAGGGAUAAUCAUUGACACCCUUGUCUAUCGCGGCGUGUGCAUUGUUCUGUUCCAUUGUCCCUGCGUUCCGGCCCCGUGUGGGCAGCUCGCGGGGCCCUCAGUGUGACCAGUGGAAGCCCCACAACACCCCAUUCCUGUGAUGGCCCGGAAGUCUCGGCGUGGGGCGAUUGAUGCGCCUCAGCUACCGUUGAUCACCCCAGUCGGUCGGGCGUUACCGGACCGAUCCAGCCGACCGUGGAGUCUAGUCGUGAUGUUUGACAUGUUAUCCAAUAUAUCCCCGUGUCGACA